AGUCAGGCAAUGGUAUAAUAGGGCGCAGAAAGAUCAAAGAUGUUGGAGUCUGAUUUUGCGUUAGAGAGAGAUGGCCGGAACGCAGCAUCUGAAGCGCAUCCCGCUCAUUAAAUUCCCUCAAAGGCAUCCAAAAGCAUCAGCAGCAUCAACAUCAUCAGGUUCUGGAUCGCAUCUGCAAAUGGCUUCUGCAUCUGGCAAGGCCCAAGAGAGUUACUCUUUAAGAUCUGAAGUUCCUGCCCCCCCAUCCAACACUGCUCUAGGAGGAAAGGCUUCCCUUCAGCCAAAAAGGACCCCCGUCUCCGAUAAAGAGAUUGAAGCUAUUUUGUUGGGUGGCUGCUUUUGAUCUUGUUCGAUUGCCACGAGAGCACCUGCUUGAUGGGGUUGGGGUUAUUGUUUUUGUUAGCUCGCGAGAUUGAGCUCUGCAGAUGGAUGUGGAAAGCUGUUGUAUUUACUCUUCUUUGAAGGGAUUGAUGAAGAUAAUUAUUUAUAAUAAAAGAAGUGCGAAAAAUCAAAGGGUGUGUUUGUUCUCA